AUGAGCCGUGCUCCGUCGAAAACCACUGCUGCCGAGCCGCAAACCGACGGAAAGCGAAGAGAUAGCACUAGUGAGAGACAGAAAAAUCGGAAAAAAGCGGUGAAUUGAUAAUAUUUUGGGUUCGAUCGAUGCUUCAUCGUACACUGUUCAAGAAAAACCAACCGGAGAGUUGUUUUUGAGCGAAUUGGCGCACGCAGAGCAACCGAACCGCGAGCUCACUGUUGUGACGAGUAAGCGGACAUCCACGCCCCGAUCGUCUAAAAUCCUUCAGUGUCGUCAGCCGAAUCGAUGUCGUCGAUCUUCCCGAACUGGGUGCGCAUGGCCUACCGCCGUGGCCAGUACGAGCCGUUCGACAUGAACAUGCCGCCGCGACUCGUGCCCCGCAAAGCCCUCCACUACAAAUUCGACAGUCCUCUCACGGAGAGGGGUCAAAUCGUGGCGGAGACUUACGGAAGAGGACUCGCUCAGUGCGGUAUGAAUCCGUUCGAAAUCUACUGCUCCCCGGACAUGAAGGCGGUGCAGACGGCCGUUUUUGUGAUUAAGGGACUCGGAUUGUCCUACACUUCGGUUAGUUUGAGUGGCAUUUUUUGAAAAGGAAAACAAAAGAGAAGUAGAUCAACAUCGAACCCGCGCUCAUCGGCUACCGUCAACUGUUCCCGCACAACUAUCAGGAGAUGCUACUCUCUUCGAAAGUGUUCCUGGGCCUCGGCUACCCGAUCAACACUCAAUACGUGCCCUAUCACGGAUUCUUCCAAUCCGAAUCCAUCGACGACUACAACAUUCGUAUCCUUUCGUUCUUCAAGGAUCGCAUCGCGAAAAUUGAGCAAAAGUAUGAGAAUAAUGUCAUUCCGUAAUGUCUUGUUCAUUGCAGACAAGUGAUUGUGAUCGGAGACAACGUGAUGGUCGAAUUGGCCGCUAACGGACAGAUUCUGACGAUGGACGACAUUCUGAAGUGCACGAAGAGACCGUCUCUGCAGAUGAGCACCAUCGUUCUGAAGCCGCAAGAAGCAAAGUCGGCCGACUCGCCCGUUCUCCCGUUCACAAGAAGUCUGUUCGCGGCGAGACCCGGAUUGUGGCACGAGGCACCGCAGAAGCUCUCGGCGCCCAAUCACCCUGAGAUUUAA